AUGCAAGCGCUUUAUGGUUUAAGUUUUAUCGUUUAUUUUACUGUUGUGAUAUCCGAUUGGGUAUAUCUGUAUUUUUUACUUCGCGGCUAUAUUGCAACAUUCCCGCUACGAACCUGGACGGCAGUAGCAUUUGUAUCAUCGGUGGUGGUAGCGACAAUGCUUGUCUGCCUUCUUAUUGUGCUUUGCAUCGAAAAUGCUUUUGCACAUCCUAACGAAGUGACGGAGUUUAGCGCCGGAUGUGCGGUGAUUAACGAAAGCUUUACUCAGUGGCUUCAAGCUUUCAACAACUUUCGGAUCUCAUUUUUAUUUAUGGUCUUUCGUGAUCUUCCAAUUACAAUACUAAAUUUUUUUUACAUCUCGCCGUGUCGAUGCGCUGGCCCUCAGGUAAAACAUUGGCCUAUAGCCCUGAUUUGUUGUGCAACAUUGGUCAGUGUUCAUUGGCGUCUAUUACUGUUGUAUUUUGCAUACCGUAGGAUGAUAUGUCCGAUGAAAAAAUCAGAUUCUGCAACUUCUGUGUUGCCAAACAAAUCAAUGCUUGAACAGAUUAAAAGCAACUUUGACAAAAGUAAUGCUCGAUUGGAUGAAUAUGACGAAUGUUGGCCAGUCAGAUUUGCCUUCAAUUUUAUUUACAGAAAUUCAUCACAAAAAGUACACUGCAAUGGAAAUGUUAUGGGUCAGAAGGAUCGAAAAACCGCUAAGCUGAAUAUGAGAAUAAUUUUGCGCAAGGUUUGGGGUUGGACUAAGCAACUGUUUAGUGUGCUUUUAUGUAUCGUCUUUACCUUAUUGCUCUAUCUGGUCUAUGCCUUAACGCUUUGCUUUCCAUGCUGUUACCAUUACGGCAUUCAACCUGCCAGUUCAUCCAGCAGGCAUAAAUGUGCUCAGUCGUUCGUCAAAUAUUUUUCACAGAUCUUCCAUUUCACGAUGUUUGUCAUUUCAUUGGGUUCAGUGUUGUCGUUGAUAUUUUUUAAUGCUACAUUACUGUUUUCUGCUCACGCUGUUGGGAAUAAUCCAAUUCCUUAUGAAAUUAAACAGCUUUGUGUUGGGAUUAACAUAUCAUCACGGACCAUUGGUGCUCGAUUUGAAAGCAGAUCUUUGGAUGGUGAAGGAGGUCCAUCAUUUAUGUACAGGUGUAAACCAAUUUGGGAUGAUGGCGGUUUUGAGUUGGGAUUCAGGCGUCGUGAGGCCGGGCCGUGGCAAACUCGAGUGGAGCUUUCCGAACAAGAACUUCUGAUAAUUUCUACAAUGGUUUCGAUGAACUAUUCUGAUCGUGAUAGUCCUCGACAUAGUGUUUACUAUGACUUCGCGUUGCUAAAAAAGCUGGAUCCACUUUUAACCGAAAGUAUCCUAUGUUACAAGGAUAUAUUUUCAAAAUGGAAAUUUAGUGAAGAAAUAGAAAUUCCACAGUGGCCGUAUUUUGAAGCAUGUGAAAAUACGUGGACGUUACAUAAGCAGACGUUGAUCCGUUGUUUAAAAACAACUUCGGAGAAUCAGAUGUAUCUGUAA